CAGUGAACUUACGUCACGUGAAUUACCUUCUCGGCGGUCGCCAUGAUGCACGCAGUCCGGUCAGCAUGUGUCGGAGCACUGAAAGGCUCUAGUAAGGCCUUUUCAUCUCCACUGACACAAACAUCAGCUUUUAAUACAUUACCAUCAUGUCUUUUAGCACAACGCAAAUAUGCAACCGAGGCAGCAAAAGCAAAACCAGCAGCUGGUGCAGCCAAGGGACAAGUAGUGGCUGUCAUUGGUGCCGUUGUGGACGUACAGUUUGAAGAUGAAUUACCACCAAUGUUAAACGCCCUGGAGGUCCAGAACAGGAGUCCAAGACUUAUUCUUGAAGUAGCACAGCAUCUAGGUGAGAACACUGUACGAACAAUUGCUAUGGAUGGUACAGAAGGUCUUAUACGUGGUCAAGUUUGUGUAGACACUGGAACCCCAAUCUCUAUACCAGUAGGACCAGCCACCUUAGGUAGAAUUAUCAACGUUAUCGGUGAACCUAUUGAUGAAAGAGGACCAGUUCAAACAGACAAAUAUGCAGCUAUCCAUGCUGAAGCACCAGAAUUCACAGAGAUGAGCGUACAACAGCAGGUGUUAGAAACAGGAAUCAAAGUUGUAGAUCUUCUAGCUCCCUAUGCUAAGGGAGGUAAAAUUGGACUGUUCGGUGGUGCAGGAGUAGGCAAAACUGUAUUGAUUAUGGAACUGAUCAACAAUAUUGCCAAGGCUCACGGUGGUUACUCAGUGUUUGCUGGUGUAGGAGAAAGGACCCGUGAGGGUAAUGACUUGUACCAUGAAAUGAUCACGUCCAAAGUCAUUAGUUUAACAGACGACUCAUCAAAGGUAGCCCUUGUGUACGGACAGAUGAACGAGCCCCCAGGAGCUCGUGCCCGUGUCGCUUUGACUGGUCUGACAGUAGCCGAGUAUUUCCGUGACCAAGAAGGCCAGGAUGUGCUGCUUUUUAUCGACAACAUUUUCAGAUUCACACAAGCUGGUUCAGAGGUAUCUGCUUUGUUGGGACGUAUCCCAUCAGCUGUAGGUUACCAACCAACACUAGCCACUGACAUGGGUACUAUGCAGGAAAGAAUUACCACAACAAAGAAAGGUUCCAUUACAUCAGUACAGGCGAUCUAUGUACCAGCUGAUGAUUUGACUGAUCCUGCCCCAGCUACAACAUUCGCUCACUUGGACGCCACAACUGUAUUGUCUCGUGGUGUUGCUGAAUUGGGUUUCUACCCUGCUGUAGAUCCCCUUGACUCCACCUCUCGUAUCUUGGACAGAAAUGUUGUUGGAGAAGAGCAUUACGGCGUAGCUCGUGACGUUCAGAAAGUUUUACAGGACUACAAGUCACUUCAGGAUAUCAUUGCUAUCCUAGGUAUGGAUGAAUUGUCUGAAGAAGAUAAAUUGACUGUGGCCCGAGCCCGUAAGAUGCAGAGAUUCCUCUCCCAGCCCUUCCAGGUGGCUGAGGUCUUCACAGGUUCAGAAGGCAAAUAUGUACCACUCAAAGAAACAAUCAUAGGGUUCCAAAAAAUCUUAGCGGGUGAACUGGAUCAUAUCCCAGAAGUAGCAUUCUACAUGGUAGGAAAUAUUGAAGAAGUUUUACAGAAGGAGAGGCUGGCCGAUGAGAAAAAGUGGUCUUAGACCAUUUAUAUGACAUAUGUGCUAUUACUUUAACUAAUUUGGGUUUAAAACUUGUGUUGAUGAAAGAUAAAUUAUUGAAAGUGAUAUUUAAACUCACAGGAGUUGUUUUGUAUAAUUAGUUCUAGCCACAAAGCAUGGAUAUAGCAGGAACCGGACACCGAGAAAAUACUGACAACUAUGAACAACAAUAUUAGUGUAGUGUGCAUGAUUAUCUUGUGCUGGUGGUGAUGAAUUAAAAAAUAAAAACUGA